GUGAAGGUCACGGAAAUGUCUCGCGGUGGACAAAUUGCUUCACUUCGCGAGAGACUCUUUGUCUUCACAGCCACUAUGUCAUCUGGCCAGGAAUCCAUUUUCCCUGAAUAUGAGACUGAAACCAGUCAGACGUCAAAGCUGUUAAGAAAAUUUAAAGAGACGCCAUUUGUACCAGUUGGGAUGGCUGGCUUUGUCGCAUUGGUUGGGUAUGGGCUGUACAAAUUGAAGCACAGAGGUAACAUGAAAAUGUCGCUUCACCUGAUUCACGUGCGGGUGGCAGCCCAGGGCUUCGUCGUGGGAGCGCUCACAUGUGGUGUGCUGUAUUCGAUGUUUCGGGAGCAUGUGCUGAAGCCCAAGGAGUAGCAGAAAGCUGACUGAAAUCUCUGUCCUGGUGGUGGCCUGUGUACUGCAGCUACAAACCUCCUAUCAAGGGGUUCUUGAGGAAAAACAAAAAACACGGUAUUAGAGAAUUGCCCUGUAUAUAUUUGGUGUACAGAACACUGUCUUGGAGCUGGCAGCCUAAAUGAUUGUGCACUGGGGUAGCGGGUGUCAGAGUGUUUCUUUGAUUGACAUUAGCAUAUCCCAGCUUUUAGGGGAUAGAGUAGAGUACAAUGCCUUUAUCUUCUCCUCAACUAUCAAUACUUUCCUAAAAUUGGUGGCUUCUUUUGCUGCCGUUGCCCAAAACCACAGUCUGAACUAGCUUCUAUGAGGCAUUGGGCAGGAUGUGGAGGCCAGGCCUGUAAGUUGUCGUGAAUGCUUUGCUGUCAUUCUAUCUAGUGUAUUUGUCAGCCUCCAACUUUGUAAUUUAGAAGCUUCUAGUAGCACUAAACGAUUUAUAAAAUAUUGAGAGAAAUAUGAACAUUUAUUUUUUUUUAUUUAAGGCGUAAGUAUUCAGUGUGUUGCAGCUAUUUAAAUGUUAUAUUUAUUCAUUGUUAAGAGGACACAGGCUCCCUAUUUUUACUAUAGAUUUUCAGACUCUUGAAUUGCUAUAUUUUGUAACUUUAUUUACAGUGUUCUUCUGAAUAACAUUUAAAUGUAACAUUUAAAACAGAUACUGUGGAAAUUAAACCUUUAUUUGGUGUUCU